AUGAAGUCACUUACCCAGCUGUCAGCCGCCAUUGGCUUGGUGGGCUCGGCUCUGGCUCAGAACCAGGGCAAUAAUUAUGUCAACUUCUCGAGCGAGGCUAACCCACAAUUGACCUCGUAUACGCUAGAGCAUCUCAACUACUCUUUCCCAGACUGUACUAGGGAACCUCUUAAGAGUAACUUGGUUUGUGACACUUCGGCUCACUAUCUUGAUAGAGCUAGAGCCUUGGUUAAUGAGUUUACUCUUCAGGAACUGAUCAACAAUACCGAUAACACUGCUCCUGGUGUCCCAAGAUUAGGCAUUCCUAAUUAUCAAUGGUGGUCUGAGGCUUUACAUGGUAUCGCUUCUAGUCCUGGUAUGCAAUAUGCUGAGAGUGGUGAAUAUAGCCAUUCCACUUCAUUCCCUCAACCUAUUUUAAUGGGUGCUGCUUUCGACGACGAUCUUAUUAAACGGGUCGCUACUGUCGUUUCUACCGAGGGAAGAGCUUUCAAUAACAAGGGAUUAUAUGGUUUAGACGUGUGGUCUCCUAAUAUCAAUCCUUUCAAAGAUCCUCGUUGGGGUCGUGGUCAAGAGACUCCUGGUGAAGACCCAUUCCACAUUUCCGGUUAUGUGUACAACCUUAUCCAGGGUCUUCAAGGAGGUCUUAAUCCUGAUCAAUUGAAACUGGUCGCUACUUGUAAACACUUUGCUGGUUAUGAUUUGGAGAGUUGGGAAGAACACUCGAGAUUGGGUUUUGACGCGAUUAUUUCUGAACGUGAUCUUGUUGAGUAUUAUUUACCUGCUUUCCAAUCUUGUGUUCGAGAUGCUAAAGCUGCUAGUGUCAUGUGUUCGUACAAUGCUGUCAAUGGAGUUCCUUCUUGUGCUAAUGAUUUCUUCCUGUCCAGUAUUUUGCGUAAGGAGUGGGGUUUUGACGAGUAUAAUGGUUAUGUCACCUCGGACUGUGAUGCUGUAUACAAUGUGUGGAACCCUCAUAACUACUCUGACACUGAAUUUGGCGCUGCUGCCGCCUCGAUUAAUGCUGGUUGUGACUUGAACUGUGGUCAGACUUAUUCUGAUACUUUACCUCAAGCAUUUGCUCAAAACUUGGUUACCAGAGAUACCAUUGAAGAUUCGGUUGUAAGACUCUAUGCCAACCUUGUUCGUCUUGGAUUCUUUGAUCCUGCCAAUACUCAACCUUACAGACAACUCGGAUGGACCGAUGUCAGCACCAACUCUUCUAAUCAAUUGGCAUAUCAAGCUGCUGUUGAGGGUAUUGCUCUUCUUAAGAACGACGGUACUCUUCCCUUGAACUCGCAAAUCAAGAAGUUGGCUCUUAUCGGACCUUGGGCUAACGCUACUACUCAAAUGCAAGGAAACUACGAGGGUGUAGCUCCAUUCCUGAUUUCGCCUCUUCAAGCUGCUCAAAACGCUGGAUUCCAAGUUCAAUACAACAUUGGUACUCUGAUCAACUCCACUUCCACUGCCAACUUCUCUCAAGCACUUCAAAUUGCCAAGGAUGCUGAUGCUGUUAUCUAUGUCGGCGGUAUUGACAACACUAUUGAAGCCGAGGCUCAAGACAGAGUCAACAUUACCUGGCCCGGUAACCAAUUGGAUCUUAUUUCCCAGCUGUCUGGUUUGAGCAAGCCCUUGAUUGUCCUUCAAAUGGGCGGUGGUCAAAUCGACUCUUCGUCUCUUAAGAACAACUCAAAUGUCAAUGGUCUUCUUUGGGGUGGAUACCCUGGCCAAAGCGGUGGUCAGGCCAUUCUUGAUAUCCUUACUGGAGUUGUUGCACCUGCUGGUCGUCUUCCCACCACUCAAUACCCUGCUGACUACAUCAACCAAGUUCCCAUGACCAACAUGUCUCUUCGUGCCGGUGACAACAAUGUCGGCAGAACAUACAUGUGGUACACUGGCGAGCCUGUCUACGAGUUCGGUACUGGUUUGCAUUACACUACCUUCGACGCUUCUUGGGUCAACAACAACACUGCCACCUUCAACAUCCAAGACCUGAUCCAGAACGCCCACCCCGGUGUUGACUAUGUCGACCAAAUCAACUUCGCUACUUUCACUGCCGGUAUCACCAACACCGGCAAAGUCGCAUCUGACUACGUCGCUCUGUUGUUCGCCAGUGGUGACGCCGGUCCUGCUCCUCAGCCCAAGAAGAGACUUGUGUCGUACUCGCGAGCCCACGACAUCGCACCUGGCCAGACCGCCCAAGUGAAACUCCCCCUCACUCUUGGCGCCAUCAGCCGGGUCGACGAAAACGGUAACAGAGUCCUGUACCCCGGCACAUACAACCUCGCAUUGGACACCACCGGGCUCAUCACCACCACUGUCACCCUGACCGGCAACGCCCAAAUCAUCACCGCCUGGCCCACUCUCGGGGACAGCGACUUUGUCAAGGGCCAACUUCUCACCCAAUUGUAG